AAAGUUGGCGGUGCAAAUACAUUGAAACUCCCCAGAACAUACCAGAACACACAUGGGGGUUGUUGAGAGCUUUUCCUGUUCCCCCUCCGUUUAACCAUGCGCCCUUUCUCUCUACACACCUGAAGAAGAUCGAUCACUUCUCACCUCCACUAUUCUACUCUCUGUCCACCGCGGCUCCGUCGGGUUCCAGCCGUGCCUGUGAAGAACUAGGGUUUAUUGAAGUUGCUUUUCUGUUAAUCUGCACAGAAUUAGUGUUUGGUGAGUUUUGUGAUAAUGACGGGAUUAAAUAUGAAUAGAUUCACGGAUUAGAGAGUGGUGACGUCGCUUUCUGCGACUAAAAUAGGUUUAUAUUAUUUUAAAUAAUAUUAUUUUGUGUGGUUUAGAUGUCUUUGUUGUUCUUGAUAGACCAGAUGCUUUAUGUUGCUUCUGUGUACGGGUUUGAUACCAAAAGCGGGCCCUUUCACUCUCUUGCUUCCUUAAUCCAAUACGGUCUUUCUUCCUCCCCACUUGCACUUAUCCGUACACAGAAGAAGAAGAAAAAUUAAUCCACUCUCCCUUUCACCAAAAUAUCUGAUACCAACAGAAAGGAAAAAAAUACCCAAUAUAAACCCCAAAAAGUGUUGAUUUUGUUCAUUGAGGAUCAAAAGUUUCAAGAGAAAUGAAGGGCGAGCAAGUUCAAGUUCAAGUUCCGGUUCAUCACCAACAUCAAGAUCUGCAUGCAGGAGAUCUGGAUACUCUUGGAGUGGACCCCAGAAAGAUGUGGCUUGACGAUGACCAAGAAACCACUCUCGAUGUGAAUGACCCUUCCAUCUUCUACAACGACAAGUUCCCUCCUCUCCCUGACUUCCCAUGCAUGUCCUCCUCCUCCUCUUCAUCCUCCACUCCUGCGCCGGUCAAGACAGUCACGUGCUCCUCAUCCUCGCCCUCGGUUUCCUCGUCCUCCUCCGCGGCCUCUUGGGCCGUUCUCAAGUCGGACGCGGAGCCCGAAGAUGGGGAGAGAAAGCAGCAGCAGCACAACAGUUACCACCACCAGUACUCGCAGAUUGAUGAUCAGACGGUUGAUGCGCAUGCAUUGUCCUCCACCGUCUCGAUGGAGAUCUCUCAGCCGUUGGAUCUCAGUGGCGGAAUAGAUUGCAUGGAUGAGAUGGGGACUUUUGGUUACAUGGAUCUGUUUGAAUCCAACGAGUGUUUUGACCCUUCUUCCAUUUUCCAAAGUGAUAGCCUUUUCAUGGAGCAGUUUCAACAAGAUCAAGAUAAUCAGCAUUUAGCCAUGGCCCACCAAUUACAAGACCAUCAUGAAAUUGCUACUACUAUUCAGUCUAAUCCCCAACAACAAAAACAAGUAGUUGGACAGGAUGAGGAGAAUACUAAUAAGGAUCAGAGUAAUGAUAAAAAGGAUCCGGAUGACAUGGCCAUGGUGUUCUUGGAGUGGCUGAGGUCCAACAGAGAGACGGUCUCCGCCGAAGACUUGAGAAGUGUGAAGAUCAAGAAGUCGACGAUCGAGUGCGCCGCCAGGCGCUUGGGCGGAGGAAAAGAGGCCAUGAAGCAGUUGCUUAAACUUGUCCUUGAGUGGGUUCAGACCAACCAUCUACAAAAGAGGCGCAGCAAUAGCAUCACCACCAAAGACUCCAACCUAAUAGCCCAACAACAAUACCAAGACCCUUAUCAAAACCCUAACCCUAACUCUAUCCCUAGAGUACUUGAAUCAAACCCUUCUUGUAAUUUCACUCAGAGACCAUGUAUGGCGCCUCCACCACAUGCAGCCGCCUAUGAUCCGGCGGCGGGGGGACUACUUGUCCCCAUUCCGCCUCCAGCUUCUCCUCCGCCGGCGGCUUAUCCUUCCAUGAUGGGGUAUAUGACGGCUGACCCUUUUGGGAAUGGGCCAAGCUCAUACCAACCAUCUCCGGAGUAUCAUCAUCACAUGAUUGACUCCGGUCAGCCAUCAUGGCAGUCGUCUCCGUUUGGUAUGGUGGGAACGGCCCCUUACGGGUCCUUCCCGGAUAAUAACAUUCACCUAGCCCCUCCCCAACACCAUCCCCAGGCUUUUGCCGGGUACAGCAGUCAGUACCAGCCUUAUCAAUAUUUCCCGGGGAAUGGUGAGCGUCAAUUGAUGAGGUUAGGGCCUUCAGCUACCAAAGAAGCAAGGAAGAAGCGGAUGGCGAGGCAGCGAAGGCUUGUGUCUCACCAUAGGCACCACGGCCAUCAACAGAAUUCUCAGCAACUUAAUAAUGAAAUGCCAGAUCAUAACUAUCUUCAGCAGACAAGGUUUGUUGGGAACACUACUGAUCUUAAUUGCACUGGUGCUGUCCUGCAGCCAAAUCCGGGCAACUGGUUUUACUGGCCCACCGCCACAGCAGCCCUGUCCUCUUCUGCCGUGGCCAUGAUGCCUAGCAUUAUGCCGGAAGCCGCACCACUUCCUCCAGUGCAGCAAAUGGAUAGGCCGGCUAGUAAUCAAGCACAGAAUUACAAUCAGGGCCGUAGUGCUGCGCAGGAAAGGCAAGAAAGACAGGAGAGGCGCCAGGGAUGGAAAUCUGAGAAGAAUCUUAAGUUUCUCCUUCAGAAGGUAUUGAAGCAGAGUGAUGUGGGUAGUCUUGGAAGGAUUGUGUUGCCAAAAAAAGAAGCAGAAACUCAUCUUCCUGAAUUGGAUGCAAGAGACGGAAUUUCCAUUGCAAUGGAAGACAUUGGGACUUCUCGUGUGUGGAACAUGCGCUAUAGGUACUGGCCCAACAACAAAAGCAGGAUGUAUCUCCUUGAAAACACAGGAGAUUUUGUGAGAGCCAAUGGACUCCAAGAAGGAGACUUCAUAGUCAUCUAUUCCGAUGUGAAAUGCAACAAAUAUAUGAUACGAGGAGUGAAGGUACGGCAAGAGGGGCCAAAAUCAGAGGGCAACAAAAGGCCGGGAAAGACACAAAGGAACCAGCAUGCAAGCACUCCAGCUGUCAACAAUGGAUCGUCACCUUCUUCAGCCACAACCGCACACAAGAAAAUAACAGUAAAGUAAGAGACAGAGGAAAUGAAAGAGAAGACCAGCUGCAACAUAGCCACCUCUUCCGUUUUUUCUUCUCUCUUCAAUGCAUGAAUCGAAUCGAAAUGGAUGGUGAAGAUAGCCUAGGGUUUGUUGAACCUCAGUUGAUCGACAACUCUCAGCAAAUCAUAGCUAGCUAAGCCUCCUUAUCUUUAAUUGGUCAAUUUUUCUCACCGGUCAAAGUUAAAGCUACUACUUCAUGGAUGAGUUCAUAAUGCGUUUGAAAAUAGUGAAGCUUUUUACGCAGGUUGAUUUCAUUCAGUUGGAAUCGCAGCACUUUUGGUUUUUGGGUAAAAUGGUAUGAUCAGUUAAAACGUAUAGGCAUUUUCCAAAUACUGGUUUGGGUAAUUAUGGUAGUUAAUAUUAUGUGAUAUUAUGUGUUUCGGGUGACGCACCCAAUUAAGUUUAGUGUAUGUUGUGCUUGUUAAUUAUUGAUAUGUAUUUUGUAGAAGUAAAGCUCGUAAAUGAUGUAUAUAUAUGAGAAGGAUAUAA